UCUAUCGCUGUUUCUUGAUCAUUUUCUCAGGCAUACAUUGCAGUCGUAAACAAGCAUUGUUACUCACAGCAGUAAAAGUAACAAACAACAACCAUGGGCAAACUCCUGGUUUGCUUUUUCAUUCUGACAGUGGUCCUCUUUUUGGCAGUUUUGUCUUCAGUGGAUGGACUCCCUAUGCCGGAACCACAGCAAAGUGGGCAGAAUAGUGGAAAUCGUAAGACAACUCCACCUCCAG